ACAGAGCGGAGCACCAUAUAGAGAGAAAGCUAAGCACCAUGUCGUCAUAACCUAGCGAAGUCGUCUGGUCGCUACUGUUGUUUGAUCGGAGUGGGAGAGGAGAAAGUUUAUGUGCCGCAGAGCAAUCGAAGUCUUCACUGACUUCGAACCGGUCUGUUCGUAACCUAGCGGAACUGUCUCUUUGUGGCGUCGCUACUGUUGUUUGAUCGGAGUGGGAGAGGACGAAGCUUGUGUGUAAAUCGGACUAUUCACUGAGUUGUGGAUAAGGUAGAACUAAGAGGGCCUUUCUGGAGAGACUAUACACUGGUGGUGUGUUGGACUUUUAGACCUUCUUGUGAUCAGCUGUUUUCCGAUGGCGAAACAAUGGUCUUAUGGCAUUGGAAAGGCGGUUUUCCGGUGCAGAAAAGCGGUUUCUUUGUGGGUAUUGGCAAAGAUGGGUGGUUUUGAAACUGGUUUUGUUUUCACAUUGAUGAAGAAAGCUCUUCUUGCUCUGCUCACUUGCAGUCUUGCACUAGGAGGAGCAGGAGUGGGAACAAUAACAGGAGCAAUCAAAGGGCAGACUACUGAAACUGGGUUUGUACGUGGGGCCGCCAUUGGUGCUGUUGCUGGUGCGGUUACAGCCGUACAGUUGAUGGAAUUGACUGUUCAUGAUGGCGAGCCAUUUUCCAAGGUUGCCCUCUUACUUAGUCUCAUAAAUGGGAAGGUCUUCAUGGAAUGGGUGUCCCCUGCAGUGCUUAAGGCUUAUCAAUGGCAGAUAAGCACUCCGGAAUCAAGUUUUAGCGAAAACUCAGACAUUUUCGAUGUCAAUGGAAACAGAGGGUUAUCUCAGGAUUGCAUUAACAAGCUGCCCCAAAACAAAUUUCGAUCCAGCAAGACAGAGAGACCUUGCCAUGCCAUAAAUUGUAUAAUUUGCUUAGAGGAUUUCAAGAAUGGAGAAUAUACAAGGAUGCUACCGAGUUGUAGACACUCUUUUCAUUUGCACUGCAUAGAUGGGUGGCUCAACCAGCAUGGCUCUUGCCCAAUAUGUAGGAAAGAUGUCUGAUUGGCAACCGAGAAAGUGAAAAGGAAAAGGGGGAACUUGAUGAUAUUUGAUGUGAUGCAAUUUAUCAGACAAAGUCAAGACAUGUGAGUGCUUCAGGGAACUGGAAAGUAAGAGAAGGGAAGAAUGUCUAAGUCUGCCAUCAACUUCUACAGAUCAAUGCAAGCAUUAUUGAUCCACCACCAUAUAUAUAUAAUCCAACUGUGAUUUUUUUUUUUUUCUUUCUUUCUUUUCUCUUUCUUUUCUUGUUUUUCUCUUUUUGAUAGCCGAGAACUCGGCUUAGGCAGUUCUUUGAACUCCCAAGUGUGUAAACUCAGGGUUCAAAUGUCACCCCCAAACCUAUGAACUGAGCAAUUAAAAGCAGAGUCGAAUCCAAAUUGUGAUGUUUUGGCAUCAUUAUUGGUGAAUGAAUGGGUUUAUUUUUUCUCUUC